AUGAAGUUCGUAUCCAAACUUGCAGGCGUUGCACGUCCACGCACGGACGUGUUCACCUACCUUUUCGAUGCCCGCCGCCCUUACCCAGCGGACCGUGUAUUAUACCGAGAAGAUGAUUCCAAUGCAACUCUGACACUUGCAGAGUUGGAAAGAAAGAGUCGUCAAUUCGCCAACGUCUUGGUGCAACGAUUCAAUAUUAAGAUUAUGGAUCCUGUGGCUGUCCUUGCCUCCGAUUCUAUCUUUUAUCCCAUCGUGUACCUCGGGAUCCUGGCAGCAGGGGCAACUGUACAGCUUAUUCCAUUGCAGAAAGAGCUAGCUGUCCAGGAUGUCACUGCGCGGAUGCAGGCAGCAGGCUCGAAGCUCUUGAUAACAGAUGCCGCAAUGCAAGACAUGGCGAAUGAAGCCAGCAAGCUGCUAGGCAACAUUCCCGUCUACGAUCCCUCAUUGGACAAAGAGGCGUUUAGCGAAAAAGCACCUGAAUACUGCGGCUUCAGUAUUAGUAAUCACAAGGAUGCUGAGAGCACGGUUGGGUUCUACAACCGCACGAGUGGUUCAACCGGCGGCAAGAUGAAGACAGUCAUAACCACGCACUCUCACUUUAUUGCAGCACUGGAUGCAACGCUGCGUACAGUUCCGCUGAAUACGGACCCCGACAACGAUGUGUGGCUUUCGACACUGUCCUUGGGUUUUUUCAUAAAUGCCAAGUUGAAUAUUGGGCUCAACAUCUUGCUUGGGAUUCCGGUAAUUUUGAUGAAUGAGGCCUUCAAUGCUACCAACUUUGGCAUAAUUGGCCGACACCGGGUUUCGUUUUUAUUUAUCCCGCCACCAGUCGCGAUUUCGAUCGCCGGGAUGGACAGCGAAGAAGCGAAGAAUGUCGACGUAAGCAGCGUGAAAUGGCUGCUGUCUGCUGGGGCUGCCAUGCAUGAAGGUGUGUCUCAAGCCGUCUCGAAGAACCUCAACAAUACGCAUUUGGAUCUGGAGUGGGGAACUUCGGAGACGCUCCUAAUUGCGAUGCAAACGGACGGCCAUUCUUCACCCCCUGGCUCUGCCGGGAAACUCGUUAAUGGCAUCGAAGCGAUGGUCGUUGAUACCUACACCGGAACACCUGUUGGCCCAAGGGUAGAUGGCGAGAUCUUUGUACGAAACAGUGCUGCACGUUUUGCAGGAUACAAGGGUGAUCAGGAUGCCAACCAGUCCACGUUUGACAGCGAGGGUUGGUUCCACAGCGGCGACUACGGCUACAUUGAUGACAACAACAACGUCUUCAUUAAAGAUAGGAUGAAAGAGUUGAUCAGAGUUGGUAGUGGAUAUGGUGUCCACAUUUCCGCCGUCGAGCUUGAGUCGGUUAUCUUCGAACAUCCGGCAGUAGCAGAGGUAACUGUUACUGGAGUCCCAGAUCCCAAGAUUGGAAGAGAGCUUCCCACAGCAUUUGUUAUCCUGUCUCCUGAAUGGCAGAGUAGACGAGCUGAGGCUCUACGAAGUCUUAAACAGUGGGCAAAUCAACGCUUGGUAGGGUUGCAGUCGUUGACAGGUGGAUUUUAUUUCCUUGACAAAUUCCCGCUUAUUGGCUUUAAGAUCAACAGACGGGCUCUGAAAGCUCAUGCUACAGCUGCAAGUUCCAUCGAACAGACAGGGCUCGGACAAUCUGGGUUGCUGGCGCAGAAUGCACAGAUGUUAGACGCGGAAAGACCAGGGAUUAUGACUACAGCGGUUUAA